AUGGAUGAAAGUUGGGGUGAGGGAAAGAGAAGCUAUGAGUAUCAAGUGGAAGAGGAAGAGGAUGAUGGAAAGAAGAAAAGGGGAGUAGUGAGUGAACAUCAUGUUAAGAGAGUUUCAAAAGCUGGUGGAUCGGUUACACCUUCUUGUCAAGUUGAUAACUGUAAUGCUGAUCUAGCUGGUGGUAAGCAGUAUCAUAAGCGUCAUAAGGUUUGUGAAAACCAUUCUAAGGCUCAUUCUGUGCUCAUUUCUCAGAUGCAACAAAGGUUUUGCCAGCAAUGUAGCAGGUUUCAUGAAUUAUCAGAAUUUGAUGACUUAAAGAGAAGUUGUAGAAGGCGUUUGGCUGGACACAAUGAGAGGCGUCGCAAAAGUGCAUCAGAAUUUAAUGGAGAAGGAAUCAAUUGA